AUGGAAAAACAAUUCAACCAUGUGGAAAGGUACGGAUACAUAAUAUCUGAAAUCAAUGGAAAGAGAGAAGAGAUGCUGAAAGAGGAGGACUACAACGCUCUCAAAAGAUGCGAGAGUUUGGAAGAAGUGGCAAUAAAGCUUUCGAAGACGUAUCGCGGGCUUUCGGAGGGUAUCGCCUAUACAAAGCCAGAAUUGAAGAAGAAGUUGCUGGAAUCCUUGAAAGCAGAUUUUGACUAUUAUCAUGAUGCUGAGGACAAAGGCAUAAGAACAAUUCUGGACUAUUACAUGGACUUUCACAAGAUUCAGAACUUCUUUUAUCUUCUUCAAUGUAAGCUUCAGGACCCAAAUCUCGAGAAGAGCUUUGAGAAGAUAGAAAUAGGAGACUUCAGUGCAUUGAGAACAAUUAAGUUUUCAAACGACAUGGAUGAUGUUCAGAGAUAUUGCAUGGAGAACAGCUUUCUUAAGAAGUUUGAGAAGAGGGUCAGGUUCAAGAAAGAGUUUUCUGCAAACAACUUCCAGGUCCUACAGACAUUGUUUUUUAAGUUCCACAUUGAAGAGACGUAUAGAAAUCUUAACGAUGAUAUGGAAUACAUGAAGGAGAUACUAAGGCUUGAAGGAGACAGACAGAUAAUAGAGAUCACUGUGAAUACGCUUAACUCCAAAGAUUUAGUAGGGAAAAAGAGAAUGAGCUUAUUUCCUGAUGUUCAUUCGAUGAGCCUAAAUGCAAGGGAACUCCUCUCUCAUGUGGAGAACCUAGAAGAUAUGAAGUCCAUAUUAAGUGAGGCAUACAACUUUGAUACAGACAUCUCCAACGUGCUUAUAAAGGCCGAGCUUCAAAAGUAUCAGGAAUCGUUCAGCAUGUAUGGUGAUUUGAGCUGUGUGUAUUCAUAUUUCAAGAUGAAAGAGCAGGAAAUAAAGAACAUUCUGUGGGUUGCAGAAUGUAUUGUCCAGAAUAGACGUGAUGCUAUGGAUCACUUAUUUGUGGUUCGAUGA